UUGUUGUUUACUGUUCAAAAUUGUUUUUCUGUUUCUGUUUUUUUUGAAAAUUUACUUGCAUUUAUACGCUGCAAAUCUUCAAAAACUGACAAAGCUAUGACCGAUCACACGACUCAAUUACUAACGUUUCAAGAUCUGAGACAGGCAGAUAAAUUGCAAUCAGUGUCGUUGAAAAAAAUUGCCCGCAUUUGUCUGAACAGUCUCCGCCGGCAGGAAAGUGAUGUGGAUGUUUACGAAUUUUUGUUCACGAAGGUGCUCUACUUAUUCGAUCCGGAAGAGUUCGAAACGAACGUGUCCCUGGUUCUGCUUCCGGAGUUGGGGAAGCACUUGCACAAGAUUGCCGUCGAGUUGGAAGACAACGCUCUAUCAUGCUUCAUGAUCGAUAACUUGAAAUCGCUGUUAGCUAUCGCCAAUAUACUUUUAAAGUUUACUGAGUAUGUCGUCGGGACAUCAGAGACGUAUCAAUUUUACAAAUCUAUCGUCAUUUUUCUGGAGUUUCUAAUACGAAGCUAUGAAGUAAUCCGGCAGCAUAUUCAUACUAAUAAUCCAGGAACCAACGAAGAUGAUAUGGUGAAACAACUAUUCACGGUGUGUCAGAAAAUUCAUCACUUAGUAUCGAAUUUGUUAGCGCCUCCUACAGGAUCUGGACAAUAUUUUCAACAUUUGGAUUUGAAGGACGAAUUUGAAUGUUUGAAAAACGUAAUUGACCAUUUUUGCAAAAUCGGCUCCAUAACCAUCGGAAUUGAUACUAGACUUUCCACCGAAGUUUGGAAAGCAGUGGUGAAGCUUAUUUCGACAUAUGACAAACAAAUAGUAGCCAACGAUACAACUUGGUUGCAUGAUCAUGUACUUGGUAUCAACGAUGAAGUAGAAAAGUUUUUCAAAACAUUGCUGGACUGCAUGCAAAUCAGCAAAAACGGACUGAUAAAACUGAAAUUCAAUGGGCUUUUGCUGAAAGUAUUACUCAAGAUUUUGAUGUUGAUCAAAGAAGAAUUCAACAAUUAUGAAACCCUGCUGAACACUUCAGUUGCUAUAGAGAACACGCUAUUGACGAAGAAUUUCAGCAAAGAAUUGAUUGAAGCAGUUCGCCAGCAUUUGACAGUUGGAUAUAUGAAUCUCUUCGGAUUGGUGUUUAGACAUUCAAAUUUUGCCAAGGCACUCUCUUCAACCGAUUAUCAAUCAACCGAAGAAAUAAUAGCUCUUAAUAAAAUAGUGAUGUACGUUAUCUCCAAACUGGUUACGGAGGACCGGAAUACAACUAUUAUCGAUCUCUAUAUCGUAAGAAACAAUUUGCUAUCAACGUGUAUUAGACAUUUAUCAAGAAGUCACUUAAUAUUCAAUCAACAUGAAGGCAGUUAUAACGAAUUGCUAAGUCAUAUUGCAGUAUUUGUUUUAAUUUGCGCAAAAAAGGAUUCCAGGAGUCGACAAAAAAUCCUCGAGGAAACGUUGGUAGGUAUGAUUCUGCAGGAUUCAUACUGGGUAGGUGUAGCAGGGCUCGAUGUUUGGAGUAUCUAUCUUCGAUUCCAGUCGGUUUGGCUUUUAUGGUCUUAUUUUAAGUUUUGGAAGGUUAUAAACGAUGAGUUUUCAGUGUUCGUUUCGCAACCAAAAGCUGUUUUUGUAGGUCGAUUACUGCAAAACUUGUUUGUAUUUUUGCCGAGUAGUAUGCAACAAAAAGUAUGGACAGAGUAUCCAAUUUCUAAUAAGAAAAAUUGUAAGUUAUGGAUUACAAUCGGUCUGGAUAAAGUAGAUAACCAAUUAGUCGCUGGCGUUAAAAAUAUGUUUGCACAGCAUCUUACUGAAUUUUGUUCUGUUAGUUUAACACAAAUAACGCCACAGAAAUUGUAUGAAACUAUGUACACUAUCAAUUUGAUCAGUAGUUUGGACGAUAGGAAUAUGUUCGAAACUAUUGCGCCUGAGCUUGUAAUGUUGUUGGAAGCUUUAUCUGUGAGUAAAAAUGACAUUGUAAAAACUAAUUCUUUAAUAUGUACGUUUAUAAUAGUAACGAAAAAAUUGACGAAACAUGCAAUAUGCAUUCCUAAUCUGAUUCGAACUAAUAUAUUUCAAGAUAUGUGUUCAUUAAGUUUGUCUUCAAAGUUUAAUUUCCUAUAUAAAAAUGAACAGAUUCUCGAACAGUUUAGAAAUCCUUUAACUUCAGAUUGCAAUAUGCUGAUUAAAGCAAUGGCAUCUUGUCAUGACCAGAAUUGUACCGCCCCAGUUUCUAGAGACCAGUUAGGAACAAUACUGUCGUAUCAAAUAGAACAAGAUCGAAUUUCACAUUGUUGCCAAUCACACACAGCGGCUAGUAAUGUCACGAAUUACUUCGAUUGUAGUUUUGAUGAUACUGUGUUGGCUUCCGCCUUAAUGGAUAGUGAUACCGACCGCAAUCCAAAACGACAGAAACUGGACACUGUUCUGAAACCAGAUUGUUGUCCUACGCUUGAAGAGCCCUGCAUAGCAACUGAUUCAAUCGGAGUUCUUAACGGUCAAGUUCAAAUUUUGCAACGAUUACACGGGCGAGGUGUUUUGAGCGAAGAUCACAUUGAUCAAAUAAAUAGGAUAGGAUUUGUUUUAAGCACUUUAGGCCAUUAGUAUAUUUUUGAAAUUAUUGUACAUAUAAUCAAGGGAACAUAUUUUAUUUGUCGCGAAAUGUCCGUACAAAUUGAC